AUGUUUCCUCUGGAAGAGAAGAUUACAAACAGCACUUGCUCGGGUUACAAGGAUCAGCAUCCGCACACCAUCCUUUACAACAUCUUGAGCUGCAGGGACAGUGGCUCCCUCAAACACUUAAACACCACAAUGCACAGUUGUCACUGUGAGCAGAGGAGGGCAGUUUACCUGAAGGACCCCCAGACUACCUGCCAAGUUGCCUCCAGCGUGCUGGUAAAAACUAUUUGCUUCAUGAGAAGUCUACCAUCUUUUAGUCAGCUUCCAUCAGGAGAUCAGUCAUCCUUGUUAAGACACUGCUGGGUUCCUCUUUUUGUUCUGGGGCUUGCCCAAGAAAAGAUGGUGUUUGAAGUGACAGAUGUGCCAAAUUCAAGUAUUCUUCGACAGAUUCUGCUUGGAGCAGGACUCACUGAAAAGGAGGCUGAACAACCAACUCUUGCUGGAGUCCACAAUUUGAGAACUUGCUUGCAUCACCUGUGGAAUCUGGAUCUCAGUCCAAAGGAAUACGCUUACCUGAAGGGUGCUAUGUUGUUUAACCCAGCUGUCAAAGGUUUGAGUGCCUUGUUGUUCAUUGAAGGCCUCCAACAGGAGGCUCAGAGAGCUCUCCAAGAAGUCAUCCACCAUCUGCACCCAGAGGACAGCGGUCGCCUCAGCCACAUCCUCCUAGCAGCCUCCACCAUUCAGACUGUGAGCCACAACUUGGUCACAGAGCUCUUCUUCAAGCCAGUUAUUGGCAACACAAAUAUGUUACAUUUGUUAACAGAGAUGUUAUUUUUACAAUAA